UUACCCCCCCCUCCCUGUCCGGUCCGGGUUCGCUUGCCUCGUCAGCGUCCGCGUUUUUCCCGGCCCCCCCCAACCCCCCCGGACAGGACCCCCUUGAGCUUCGUCCCUCGGCUGCCACCAUGAGCGACCAAGAUCACUCCAUGGAUGAAGUGACAGCAGUGGUGAAGACUGAAAAAGGCGUUGGUGGCAGUAAUGGGGGUAAUGGUAAUGGUGGUGGUGCCUUUUCUCAGACUCGAAGCAGCAGCACAGGCAGUAGCAGCAGCAGUGGAGGAGGAGGGCAGGAAUCCCAGCCAUCUCCUUUGGCUCUGCUGGCAGCAACCUGCAGCAGAAUUGAGUCACCCAAUGAGAACAGCAACAACUCCCAGGGUCCGAGUCAGUCAGGGGGCACAGGUGAACUUGACCUCACAGCUACACAACUUUCACAGGGUGCCAAUGGCUGGCAGAUCAUCUCUUCCUCCUCUGGGGCUACCCCUACCUCAAAGGAACAGAGUGGCAACAGUACCAAUGGCAGCAAUGGCAGUGAGUCUUCCAAGAAUCGCACAGUCUCUGGUGGGCAGUAUGUUGUGGCUGCCCCUCCCAAUUUACAGAACCAGCAAGUUUUGACAGGUCUACCUGGAGUGAUGCCUAACAUUCAGUAUCAAGUAAUCCCACAGUUCCAGACUGUUGAUGGGCAACAACUACAGUUUGCGGCCACUGGGGCCCAAGUACAGCAGGAUGGUUCUGGUCAAAUACAGAUCAUACCUGGUGCAAACCAACAGAUCAUCACAAAUCGAGGAAGUGGAGGCAACAUCAUUGCUGCUAUGCCAAACCUUCUCCAGCAGGCUGUCCCCCUCCAAGGCCUUGCUAAUAAUGUGCUCUCAGGACAGACUCAGUAUGUGACCAAUGUGCCAGUGGCUCUGAAUGGAAACAUCACCUUGCUACCUGUCAACAGUGUUUCUGCAGCUACCUUGACUCCUAGCUCUCAGGCAGUUACUAUCAGCAGCUCCGGAUCCCAGGAGAGCGGCUCACAGCCUGUCACCUCAGGGACCGCCAUCAGUUCUGCCAGCUUGGUGUCAUCGCAAGCCAGUUCCGGCUCCUUUUUCACCAACGCCAAUAGCUACUCAACAACUACUACCACCAGCAACAUGGGAAUUAUGAACUUCACCACCAGCGGGUCUUCAGGGACCAGCUCUCAAGGCCAGACACCCCAGAGAGUAAGUGGGCUACAAGGGUCUGAUGCUCUGAACAUCCAGCAGAAUCAGACAAGUGGAAGCUCACUACAAGCAAGUCAGCAAAAAGAAGGAGAGCAAAACCAGCAGACACAGCAGCAGCAAAUCCUUAUUCAGCCCCAGCUAGUUCAAGGGGGACAGGCUCUUCAGGCCCUCCAGGCAGCGCCAUUGUCGGGGCAGACCUUUACAACUCAAGCUAUUUCACAGGAAACCCUCCAGAACCUCCAGCUUCAGGCUGUUCCAAACUCUGGUCCCAUCAUCAUUCGGACACCAACUGUGGGGCCUAAUGGACAGGUCAGUUGGCAGACACUUCAGCUGCAGAAUCUCCAAGUCCAGAACCCACAAGCCCAGACAAUCACCUUGGCCCCGAUGCAGGGUGUUUCCUUGGGGCAGACAAGCAGCAGCAACACCACCCUUACACCUAUCGCCUCAGCUGCCUCCAUUCCUGCGGGCACGGUCACUGUGAAUGCUGCUCAACUCUCCUCCAUGCCAGGCCUCCAGACUAUUAACCUCAGUGCUUUGGGCACUUCAGGGAUCCAGGUGCACCAGCUUCCAGGCCUGCCAUUGGCUAUAGCAAAUGCCCCAGGUGAUCAUGGAGCUCAGCUUGGCCUCCAUGGGGCUGGUGGUGAUGGAAUACAUGAUGAAACAGCGGGUGGAGAAGAAGGAGAAAACAGCCCUGACCCCCAACCCCAAGCUGGUCGGAGGACCCGGCGGGAAGCAUGCACCUGUCCAUACUGUAAAGACAGUGAAGGAAGGAGUUCUGGUGAUCCUGGCAAAAAGAAACAGCAUAUUUGCCACAUCCAAGGCUGUGGCAAAGUAUAUGGGAAGACCUCACACCUCCGGGCACACUUGCGCUGGCAUACAGGGGAGAGGCCAUUCAUGUGUACCUGGUCCUACUGUGGGAAGCGUUUCACACGUUCGGAUGAGCUUCAGAGACACAAACGCACACACACAGGUGAGAAGAAAUUUGCCUGUCCUGAAUGUCCUAAGCGCUUCAUGAGGAGUGAUCACCUGUCAAAACAUAUCAAGACCCAUCAGAAUAAGAAAGGAGGCCCAGGUGUAGCCCUGAGUGUGGGCACUUUGCCCCUGGACAGUGGGGCAGGUUCAGAAGGCAGCGGCACUGCCACUCCUUCAGCCCUUAUUACCACCAAUAUGGUAGCCAUGGAGGCCAUCUGUCCAGAGGGUAUCGCCCGUCUCGCCAAUAGUGGUAUCAACGUCAUGCAGGUGGCAGAUCUACAGUCCAUUAAUAUCAGUGGCAAUGGUUUCUGAGAUUAGGCAUUCUGGGCUACAGACAUAUGGGCCAAUACCCACCAACCCGGGGAUGCAAGGUAGUGUGGGUCCAAGAGACAUGUGGAAGAGAGAGCCAUGAGGCAUUAAAAUGCAUGGUGGUGGGAAGAAUUGGGGGAGGAAUACAAGAGAUGGGAUUCUGGCACCCACCUAUGUCAUCAUCAGUGCUUCCUUGAAAGUGGAAAAUGUUAGUGAAAGUUCUAUUGGUGCCACCCAUUGAUGAACAUUUGUUUGAUCCCAAUUUCUUACCCUUCUUUCCCCACCCUCCCCUUCCUGUGUUUUCCUUCUCAGCUCUCCUAUGAUGGAUUCCCUUCCCUUUUCCUAAAGCCAUCAUGCCUUGAUAAAUAUAUAUGAUCAUUGAAAUACUUUUUAACAAAAACAGAUUCUAUAUUAUAUAUAAAUAUAUAUAUAAAGAUAUAUAGAGAUGCAUUCACAGGGGUUAGCUGAGAGGAGGAAAGAGACCAUUCUAUGAUCAAAAGUUCUUUGGUCAUUUUUUUUUUAUAUUGCCUUAUUUCCCUAUGGCUGAGCCUUAUUGUGACACAUCAAGCUUUUCUAUAGCUGUUGUCCUGGCAUCCCACCAGAGUGAGCAUUCAUAUGCUCUGCUUUUAGUUAUAUAUACAUAUAUAAUGUGUUUUCUUAAUUUUGUCCUUAUUUGGGAUCAGCUUCUUGCACUGCUUUUCUGUCUCAAUCCUUUUUGUCUCCCCUGAUCUCUCACCUGAUCACUUUAUGUUUUGUUUUAGAAAUUGAUCCCUGGAUUAGGCAUUUCUGUCAAUCUUUUAAAGACAUUAGUCCCAGCAGCAGAAUGGAAAAACCUCGAAGCCCAGUCUGAUGCUUGAGGUAGCUGUAGAGGGAGUGUUUAGCAUACUACUGACGCAGGCACCUUCUUGGUGCUGGAGAUCAAAAGCAUCUCCCUUCAUUAGUUGCUGUAAACAUCAGGAAUCAGAAGUCUUUCUGUGGAAUUGGGUAAGAGACCCUUUGAAAGAUAUAAUCGGGGAUUAGCAUGUGUAAACUGUCAAAAAAAAAAAAGUCAGACAGUAGACAUCA